AAAAAAGGUGAAAUAAAUUUUGAAUAGUGGAAACUGCACUGUCUGAAACGUGUCCACUGCAUCUGAUAAUAUAUCAGACCUCCCUCUCGGAGUCCUACCUCUAAACCACCGCAACCAGACCAGAUAGAUCAUCACCUGCUUUCUUUGUUUUUUAUUACAGUAACCAAUCUUUCUACUUUUGUUUAUAAUUUUCUUAUUACUCACCAGACACCACCUAACCAGAAGAAGAAGACCUCCAUUUGACCCGUUCUCUAUUCAUCUCUUCUUUUUGUCCAAGACUCAGCUGUUACUUUUUAUUUUUUUAUUUUCGAUAUGAAGUGUUUUCAUUUCACAAACGGGGAGCGACGGGACGACGAAGACGGCAUCGUUUCAAGAGUUUCCAAAGUAUCAUGGGCCCGUUCAUUCAGUGUGGCAUCCAGUAGCGUCGACACCAGACGCUCCGAGUUCGACUCUGACUCCACCAGAGACUGGUCUGACUCCGUUGGAUUUUACGAGUUCCUGACUCAGCGUAGAGCUAAUGAUCUUAAAGUCUUCUCUUUUGCUGAACUGAAAUCUGCUACCAGAGGAUUCAGCAGAGCCUUGUUGAUUGGAGAAGGAGGGUUUGGUUGUGUGUAUAGAGGAGUUGUUAGGCUUUCUGAUAAUCAAGAAAUUAACGAUGGUUCAAAGGUGGAUGUUGCUAUUAAACAGUUGAAUCGUCACGGUUUCCAGGGGCACAAAGAGUGGAUCAAUGAGGUGAAUUUUUUGGGUGUGGUCAAGCAUCCGAAUCUUGUCAAGCUGGUGGGAUAUUGUGCAGAAGAUGAUGAACGUGGGAUGCAACGGUUGUUGGUGUAUGAGCUUAUGCAUAAUAAGAGCUUGGAGGAUCAUCUAUUGGCACGAGUUCCAACACCUCUUCCAUGGAUGUCAAGAUUAAAAAUUGCCCAAGAUGCAGCUCGCGGAUUGGCUUACUUGCACGAAGAAAUGGAUUUUCAGCUAAUAUUUCGGGAUUUUAAAACAUCAAAUGUUCUGCUAGAUGAGGACUAUAAUGCAAAACUCUCAGAUUUUGGAUUAGCUAGGCAGGGACCUCCUGAAGGAGUGGGCCAUGUUUCAACCUCAGUUGUAGGCACAGUAGGUUAUGCUGCUCCCGAGUAUGUUCAGACUGGCAGGUUGACAACUAAAAGUGAUGUUUGGAGCUUUGGGGUUGUUCUCUAUGAACUAAUCACUGGAAGGCGAGCGGUGGAGAGAAACCUACCUCGGAGUGAGCAGAAGCUUUUAGAUUGGGUGAGACCUUAUGUGUCGGACUCUAAGAAAUUCCACCUCAUUGUAGAUCCCCGUCUUGAAGGACAAUACUGCAUCAAGUCUGCUCAAAGACUUGCUUCCCUGGCAAACAAAUGCCUGAUGAAGCAUCCUAAAUCCCGCCCUAAAAUGAGUGAGGUGGUUGAAAUACUGGGAAAUAUUAUCUCUGAGACAUCAUCUCAAAACGAAGAGGCUCCUCCACCUAUCAGUGAAACUGAACAUGUAAAGGAGGAAGCAGAACCAGAGACUGAGCCGGAGUCCACCAAGCAAGGAAACAAUUAUCUGAAGAAAGUUUUUGAUAUCAGGGAAGUGGUCAACUUAAGAAACAGAUCUAUUGGGAAGUUGGAUUGGAGAAAUUGGACACCUGGGUUGGUAAGAACUUGGUGACAAUAAGCAACCGGCUUGUGGUAGUCAAGAUUUCCAAGAUGUCAAAUGCCAGAUAAUUGCAUUUCUGUUGGCACAUUUAGAGAAACGAGUAUAGAGAUACACAUUAUUCCUUGAAUGCUUGGAGUCCUAGAGGUUAUUUCUUUCACUCCCAAUUCUUUUUGUUUAUCAAGGUAGUUGUAGAUAUAGGUCAUAAGGGAAGUUGCAUUGCUAUGCAUGCUUUUUCAGAGUACAGAUUGUAAAGCAAAAGGUCAGGUUUCUCCUCUUAAUAUGUAAUUUUCCCCUAUUUGUUCAUGACUGCUGUCAAUAUAUGAUAAAUAUUUUUCCCUCUCUA